AUGGCAAUGGCACAGCUCACAUUCGAUCAAGCUAGUGAGCUGAUCCAAGGUUGGUAUUUUGAUAUGAGUGUGGAGUUUUUAGCCGACGAUGAACUGAAUUAUGAACUGACUGCCCGUGCUGUCAGUUUGUCUAUCGGUCUCGAUCGCUCACGAAAACGCAAGUGGCUGCGAGACCAGUUGAAGGUGGAAAGGGAUGAUCCGUCGGGAAAAUGCUCACGAAGAGUAGUGGGUGAUCCUACUGUGGAAGUCGAGGUUUGUACGCAUAAGUUUAUCGAGUUGAAAUCGUGUUUGGAACAGGAGGAUGAUGAGGAAAAGAAGGUUUGUUCCACUAGAAUGGUACACGUCGGUAUGCGUUUAGUGACUGUGUUGAGGGACUCGCGGGGGUCGCCUAACUUGCACAGUCAAUUGCAAAAUACGGUGGUUGAAUUAGCGGAGGUUCUUGAAUAUUUCUUUCGAGGUUCUGCUUCGUCUUUGCAGAGUGAUCAGCAAGAGGGAAAUGAUAUUUUAGCUCUGUUGGAUGCAGACAAAGCAGAUGAAAAUCCUAGACCGAGAGUUUCCGUUCUUAGUCAGGAUGACCUUGAUUGGAUCCAUUCGUUGCAAGCGAGAAUUACGGAUCUAGAAGCCGAUUUAGCCCGACGAAGAGAAGUAAAAGAUGCUGUAACUCAAACUCUUCCCGAUCAUGCUCAAUUUACUUCAUAUUCACUACACUCCGAUACAAAUUUCAGAACAUUUCAAAACUAUAAUUUUCCGCCUAUAAAGCCUUCCAAUUCAUUCGAUACUUCAUCUAGUUACCAUAAUUUUCGAAAUAUCCCAGAUCGUACAUUACAUUCUAACAAUAUACCAGUUCCCAACAAUACAUACAAUAUUCCCUAUCACCCGACGAGAACUUCUAAUCCUACUGGGGCAAAUCCCGAAAUGUACAACCAUGCUUCGGCUAUCCCAUCUUUCCCUAAACGAAAUUCACCUUCCAUGUAUAGUGGUGUUCUACACAAUCCGUACCCCGCACCGUACCACAACCGUCACACUCUUCCUGUGUCCAAAUGGAACAUCACUAAAUACAGUGGUGACGAUCAAGGGCUGAAGUUAAAUGAGUUUCUGCAAAUUGUACAGGCUUUAUCCCAAGCUGAGCAUGUGUCGGAGGUCGAGCUUUUCGAGUCGGCUGUGCAUUUGUUUGUUGGUUCAGCGCUCAAGUGGUAUAUGGCACAAAGAACCACUGGUAGAUUGAUGAAUUGGCAGCAUUUGGUUUUUGAAUUAAAACGCACCUACAUGCACCCUGAUUUGGACGCGUUGAUCAAAAUGAAAAUUUACCAGCGUCGUCAACAAAAACAUGAAUCUUUCCACGAGUACUAUUUCGAAAUCGAGAAACUGUUCAGAACCAUGAGUGUUCAGAUUCCCGAUUACGAAAAAGUACAGAUUCUACAGCAGAAUAUGCGACUAGACUACAAGCGACAAAUGACAUUUAUUCCGAUAGUCGACCUUGAAACACUUGUUGCUGCUGGACAGAAAUUAGAUGCAUUAAAUUUCUCGGCAUACAACAAGGUUUUCGGGACGGACAGGAAUGUCCAAGUGGUCGAAAGCUCUGAAAACAAUUCGAAGAAAAAAAACAAGAACCAAUCCCAGACUCAACAGGUGAUAGAUCAAACCGCAGCAGUGUCUCAGGUCAACCAAAAUAGAAACAAUUCACACACAUCCACUAAUUCGUCUCGUCCCAAUCAACUUCCCAACAAAAACAACCAAUCCUUACCGAACACCCAAACGAGUCAAAAUUCGUCUCAAAAUACCGCCCGACCAGACCCGGUCGCGGUGCCAUCUGGGUUCAAUUCUCGUCCACAGUUCACGUUGGAAGAAUUGAUAAACACGCACAUUCCCCCACCGGCCAAUACCUGUUACAAUUGCGGGAGGAUUGGUCAUCACAUAGCGAUGUGUAGACAGCCCCGGGGCAUAUUUGGCAGUACGUGCGGUCUUCGCGGUUUUCCGACUAACUAUUGCCCGUUUUGUUUAAAAAAACGGACCAAACGCGAACCAAAAUCGUCGUUCGCAGACACCCAACGCGUAAGUCAAGACCGUCUUCAACGUACGCCUCCCCCUUACUGGGUACAGGCCACCAGAGAUAUUUACGCUGAAUCUACAGAAAUUCUUCAAAUUACCUACCCUGUCCCCCACGAUAACCGACCGUACGCACACGUAAAGAUUUACGGUUACCCCGUACGGGCUCUCUUGGACAGCGGUAGCAAUCACACGCUUAUCAGCGAAUCUCUUUUCUCUAAAUUAAAAUUCAAAAAGUUGCAUCGCCCUUCCAAAAACGUGAUUCUACGGUCUGCAAGUGGAGACGAACUGCAAAUUAAAGGUCAGGCUCAUCUUCCAUUUGCCUUCCAAGGAUGUGUAAAAAUAGUUCCUACUUUGGUAGUUGCAAAUCUGUCCAUAGAUUGCAUCUGCGGAAUGGACUUUUGGAGGAAAUUCAAAAUUCAGCCCGCAAUGCAAAAUUGUGGAGGAAUUGAGUCCACUGCAUCGGUAUCUAUCACCAAACACCCUAGUUCUGAAAACAUUCUCACCGACGAUGAAAUCAUGGUUAUUGAAAACAUAAAAAAACUUUUCCUUCCUGCUCAAGAAGGGAAAUUGACCCUGACCAACCGAGCUCAGCAUCGCAUCGUGUUGGGAGAGGAAUGGAAAAAUAAACCGCCAGUCCGCCAGUUUCCAUACGUGAUGUCUCCGAAGACGCAGGAUCUGGUAGCCGUCGAGCUGCAACGACUGUUGGGUUUAGGGAUUUUGGAACGGAGCAACUCGGAUUGGUCGCUUAACUGUGUGCCGGUCAUCAAGCCCAACAAAGUUCGGCUCUGUUUGGACGCGCGCAAGAUUAACGAGCGGACUGUUCGGGAUGCUUAUCCGUUGCCUCAUCCCGGUCGAAUUUUAGGUCAACUUCCCAAGGCUAAAUACCUGUCCACGAUAGACCUGUCUGAAGCGUUUCUCCAGGUUCCACUGGACCAAGAAUCACGGAAGUACACGGCCUUUUGUGUACAGGGUAAAGGGCUAUUCCAAUACACACGGAUGCCUUUUGGGUUGAUCAACAGUCCUGCUACGUUAGCACGACUGAUGGACAAUGUCCUGGGCCAUGGGAUGCUUGAACCGUACGUCUUCGUCUAUCUCGACGACAUUGUUGUGGUGACGGAGACAUUCGAACACCAUGAACGCCUUCUAGUGGAGAUUGCACGUCGCUUAAGGGAAGCAAACUUAAGCAUAAACCUCGAAAAGUCUAAGUUUGGAGUGUCUGAGAUUCCCUUCCUGGGAUAUCUCCUUAAUACCGACGGUCUUCGAGCCAACCCGGAAAAAGUUCGUCCUAUUGUCGAAUACGAACGGCCCAAUACCGUAACAAAACUAAGGAGAUUCCUAGGAAUGGCUAAUUACUAUCGGCGCUUCAUCUUAGACUUUAGCGGGGUGACCGCUGCACUCACAAACCUUCUGCAAAGCACGAAAACCAUCCGUUGGAACGAUGACGCCGAACAGGCAUUUUGCGAAAUCAAAGAGCGGCUGAUAUCUUCACCAGUCUUGGGCAGUCCUGAUUUCAGCAAGGAGUUCUGUAUCCAAACGGAUGCUAGUGACGUGGCGGUAGCUGGGGUUCUCACACAAGAACAGGAUGGGGUAGAGCGGGUCAUUUCAUUCUACUCCCAUAAACUGACAACGCUCCAGAAGAACCACCAUGCCGCAGAAAAGGAAGCGCUUGCAGCCAUUCUCGCCAUCGAUGCAUUCCGUGGGUAUAUUGAGGGUUAUCAUUUCACCCUAAUAACCGAUUCUUCCGCGCUGACCCAUAUACUCAGUACAAAAUGGAAGGUCGGGUCACGAUGCAGCCGAUGGGCGUUGAAUCUGCAGCAAUUCGAUAUGACCGUCAAGCAUCGCAAGGGCAAGGAGAACGUGGUUCCGGACGCCCUCUCGCGAAGCAUCGCAGCUGUUCAAGAAUCGUCGUGGUACGCGUCAAUGUCCGACAAAGUGGCUCGCCGGCCCGAUGAUUUUGUAGACUUCAAGAUCGACGAUGGUAAACUCUUCAAGUUUAUCACCGUGAACGAUAAUCCCUGUGAUACUCGCUUCGAGUGGAAAAUGAUUCCCCCGCCCACCGAAGUUCCAAAUAUUCUUCGACAGUACCACGACGAUUGCUUUCAUCCAGGCUAUGACAAAACCCUGGCACGGAUCCGUCAACGAUUCUACUGGCCAAGGAUGGCAGUAGAAAUACGACAAUACGUUCAACAGUGUGGUAUGUGCAAGGAAGUCAAAGCCUCUUCUGUCCCUGCUGCACCUGCCAUGGGAAACAUGAAGAUUGCCACCCGCCCUUGGCAGAUCGUAUCAGCAGAUUUCAUUGGUCCCCUCCCCCGCACUCGUCGCGGUAGUCAGCACAUUUUGUUAGUUUGUGACUACUUUUCGAAAUGGUUCCUGAGAAACUCGGUUCCUGAAGUGAUAAUCACUGACAACGGAAGCAGUUUCAUUUCCAAAGAGUUCAAGGAGCUGUUGGAUCGUUUCAAAGUGGCCCACUGGCUCAACUCACGAUAUCACUCACAGGCAAACCCGGUCGAAAGAGUCAACCGAACUAUCAAUGCUGCUAUCAGGACAUACGUGAGGGAGGACCAACGCCUUUGGGACACUCGUGUUUCGGAAAUCGAGAUGGUUUUGAACACCAGUGUUCACUCGUCGACUGGAUUCACACCAUACUUCAUUACUCACGGGCACGAGUACUCUGAAGUUGGCACCGAUCAUUUACUCACCCGUCUCGAUGUACAGCUGACUUCGGAAGAGAUGGAAGAACGACGAUCGAAAAUGUUUGAGCGAAUCUACGACCUUGUCCGUAAAAAUCUGGCGAAAGCUCACAACGCUUCCCAACAGCGCUAUAAUUUACGGCACCGCAAGUUUGCACAAGCUUUCGUAGAGGGACAGCUGAUAUACCGCAGAAACAUGAAACCGUCUAGUGCAGCACAGAACUAUAAUGCCAAAUACGGCCAACAAUUCCUUCCAUGUCGUGUCAAGGCGAAAAUCGGAUCUUCUUCCUAUGAGCUGGAGGAUUUGAACGGCAAAAGUUUGGGUAUUUGGCCAGCUGUACAUUUGAAACCCGGUUAG